AUGGAGAACUACAUUGACAGAUAUGAGAAUGAAGAAUUUGAAUAUGAAGAUGAUUAUGGAGAAAUUGAUAAAUUCAACGAUGAAAGGUCGAGCGAGGAGGACGCAUGCGCUAAUCCCGUCUACUCCACAGAAAUUGAUGGAAUGGUUAGAAUCAAGUUGUCAGAAUUGACCCAGAAAAUAAUCGGUUGUGAAAUUGGUGAAAAUGUCACAACUGAAUAUCCGUGGAUUUUCGUGAAAAAAGAAAUAAUAGAAGACAAUCUUGAUCUACACGUUGAGAGUAGUGAUUUUCUUGCGAUUAGAGAUGAAAUAUUUCAAUAUCCCAACGACAAUGUGCUGAUUGGUUUAGCACCAAACAGAGCGAAUAAUCCAGAAUUUUACAUUUGCUUAACGACGACCAGUCGUGACACAGUCGUCAACCAAAUUGAAUCGUCACGAAAUGAUCAGGAAAAUCGUGUGAAAAACGCUGUUUUCAGGGAACCCAGUCAUUGGUAUGACUUGGGUAGCAGUAAAAACAUCGAUGAGUCGACAAUUGCGAACACGAGAGCCCUUCUCCAGACCGAAGUCGUUGUGAAGAGGGACUUUUUCAAAGCCCCCAUUACACUGGUGGAUCGUAAUGCCGAUGAUCAGAGAGACAGUUAUGUCGAGCUCGUAACUCUCAGACAGACUUUCAACAACGUAAUAACCAGGAGACUUGUGUCCCGAGGCGAUGAUACCAAUCCUCAUAUUUAUGAUAACAAUACUCAAACGUCAUCUCAAAAACCUCUAAACUCUUGGUUUCAAUACAGCACUUACGACUAUAAACCGAUCAAUACCCUGGCUUAUAACGAAGACGAAACCAGAGCUAUACAGAAACUUCUGCGUACACGUACCCGCGACAUAUGUGACAAAAUAUUACUGAAUACCGCGUGGGACAUUCACACAGAUGAAUGCAAGAAAUUGAUCAAAGACGAUAGAGAUAUUCAGAUACCAGUUGCCGUUGUCUACAAAGAAUACCAAAAUUAUCACAAUAUUGAAAUAACUAAAGACAAAGUUAUCAAUGAUCUUUGUUGGCAUCCCCUGUGGACAGGAGUUGCUGUAGCUGCUUAUAGAGACCAUUCCAAAAGUGAAAAUCUCACUGGAAAAAGUGCAAAAGAUAAUCAAGUAGUUAUUGCCUUUGAAAUUGAGAAAGAAAAGUUAUUCAAUAACUACAUUUUAAUAUGGUCGUUCAAUGAUUGCCUCAAACCAAAAUUGAUUCUCCAGUGCUUUCGAGAAGUAACGACGAUUUCCAUAAGACCACUUGAUGGCAAUAUCGUUAUUGGUGGCUGCUGUAAUGGCCAGAUUGCAAUAUGGCAAAUAACAGGAGAAAUUGAAAACGUGGAAACAGUCACUGCAAUUACACCAGCGCAGGCAAAAUCCGGGGUAGUGCUGAAAAAUUUAAUGGGAUGGAUGAAAGAACCAACAGGAUACACGAGGAUUCAUCCAACUGCAAUGUCGUCAAUUCAGUCAAGUCAAAAAGCGCCCAUAACGCAAAUUAUUUGGCUGCCUACGCACACUAGAAUCGGUCAAAAUGGAAGAUUUGUUCAACUAGAAGAUGCAGAGAGUGAUAGCAAAGAGAUUGGAUGGCAAUUCGUAACGUCCAGUGAGGAUGGAACGGUGGCCUUCUGGGAUCUGAGGAUACAAGAGAACACCGAUAUCACUGCGCAGACGAAUAAGAAGAAGAAAAAAGGGCCGGAUUAUACCGCCGAAGCGCUGAAACAAUCAAUAUCACCGCUGAAAGCACUCGAUGAUGUCCUGACACCGAUAUACAUGCUUAUGGUUAAGCAUCCGGAGGAGGAACGUCGUGUGGCCAUUACAACCAUGAGCAUCUACGUGCCUAAAGAUGAAAAGAUUCAGAUUGAACCGUUUUCCAGGAACACUGAUAUCCCAACGAGAAAGUACUACAAGCACGUAAUGGCUGAGAGAAAUCAUAAAAUGUCAACAAUUAUUUUCAUCGGCACUUUGGAAGGUGAUGUGGGCACAAUAACAUGGGAUGGCUUCGAGUUUGCCAAUAGCUUGACCAUGAAUCGUGAAGUCAUUACUUGGAUUUGGCGAAAUACUAUGAUUCACGAUGGGCCGGUUACCCACUCGGUUAGAUCCAAGUAUCUGCGUGAUGUAAUUGUCACUGUUGGUGGCAAAGCUUUUGCUGUCUGGAGAGAAGAUUUUUCUGAGCCUGUUUUCGUGAAACGAUCGACAGUUAGGUACACCGCGUGCUCAUGGGGUACAUCCCGCCCUACCGUUGUAAUUUUGGCGCGCGCCGAUGGAACCAUAGAAAUCUGGGAUCUAAUAGUCAAGAGCCAUGAGCCUUGUUUUACCCAGAGCCUCUCUGGAAAAAUGAUAACCGGAAUAUACACUCAUGAACUUUACCUGAAUCCUCAGUGCGUCGCAUUUUGUGACUAUAAUGGCGCUAUGAGAAUUUUCUUUGCUCCAGCGAGUCUCUUGCUCUUCGAAGAGAGUCAUGUUAAGUGGAUGAGAUCAUUCAUCGAUCGAGAAGUUGAUAGGAUACGAGAAUUUCAUGAGUGGCAAAGUUCUUGGAAUGAGAAGAAUUACCAGAGUAUUGAAAAACAAUGGGUGCAACAAGAAGAAAAGAAAGAGAUGGAAAAGAAGAGAGCAGAGGUACGAGAAAAGGAUCAAGCGGAAAUAGUUGAAACGGCUGAGAAAAUCGGCUUGACGCAACUGAAACCUAAACCCGGACAAUUUAUUGAAGAAGCGAAAAAUCGCUGGAACUCUAAGGAGCUCAAACGAAUGCAGCAGAUCAUUCUCGAAAAGAAAGGACUAAGGGGCGAUGAUCUUGACAGAAGACAAGCACCAGUACUUAAAUUGCGUAAAGAGGCAAAACUUAAAAAGAAGAGAGUUGAUGAAACUUUGCAGCAGAAAAAUAAAAUAUUCGAGGAAACACUGAUUUUUCUAUUUCCGGAGCGAGAUGAUAAACGAGUAAACUACUCUUCUGGUACCCAAGACUCAGAGAUUCAAGCGGCAUACGUUUCACCCGAUGCUGGAAAGACGGAAAAAGAGGAAAUGGAGGCACUCAUGAAUCGUGUGAAAGCCGAACAAACGCGCGAAGACAGGGAAGAAAUACUCAAAGAAUAUAACAAAAUUUCUAAUGAAACCCUGAAGCACAUGGAGGAACAUCCAUUCGAGGAUUUCUUUGACUGGCGAAAAGUAAUGAGUGAGGGCGAGCACAGACGACACUCCCUCGAUGUCGAACUGAGAAAUACGUUGAAAAAACGGAGCAAAGCACCAAAAGUUAUGUAA